UAAGUUUUGAAACGCCGGCGAAGAGAAGAGAAGCGAAGCAACUUCUUCAAACAAACCCUAGCUCCGGUGGAGAUUAUAGAGAAAAACGCAAUGUCUGGGUUUUCGUUUGGUCAAUCGAACACCGGUGGAGGAGGAUCCUUGUUCGGAUCUUCCUCCGUAGCAAGCUCCUCGUCUGCUUCAUCCACCUCAUCUCCGUUAGCUUUCUCCUUCAAUCAAUCCACCGGAUUUGGAUUCGGAGCCAACGCAUCGGCUCCCGCUUCCUCAACGACUCCAUCGUUCGGAUUUGGAGCCUCCGCAUCGGCUCCUACUUCCUCCGCGACUCCAUCGUUCGGAUUUGGAGCCUCCGCAUCGGCUCCUGCUUCCUCCGCAACUCCAUCGUUUGGAUUUGGAGCCAGCGCACCGGCUCCUACUUCCUCCGCAGCUCCAUCGUUUGGAUUUGGAGCUUCCGCCACUGCAUCGGGUCCUGCUGCAUCCACAACUCCAUCGUUUGGAUUCGGAGCCACCGCACCCACGGCAUCGACUCCUGCUUCCUCCGCAGCUCCGUCAUUUGGAUUCGGAGCCCCCGCAUCCACCGGAUUCGGGUUCGGAUCCUCUGCUGCGUCUUCGUCUGGUUCUGCUCCCUCACUGUUUGGAUCCUCUACCAAUGCUUCCGCGGCUUCUCCUGGCUCUUCUCCUUUCGGAUUCGUAACUUCAUCGGCUUCUCAGCCUGGUGCUUCUUCUUCUGCGACUGUUUCAGCACCAUCUCCGUUCGGAGCGCCAGCGCCAGCCAGUGGUUCAACAUCCCUCUUUGGAUCUUCCUCGUCUUUAUUCUCCGCUCCUUCCUCUGCGGCCAGCUCGAGUUCUCCUCUCUUCGGGACUUCCUCAUCGGCCCCUGGCUCAACCGCUUCUCUUUUCGGCGCACAAUCUUCAGCCACCGCCUCCACACCUUCCCCUUUCGGCGCUGCGGCACCGUCCUCAUCAGCCUCUGGCUCCUCACCGUCAAUCUUCGGCGGGGCGGCUGGGUCCUCAGCCUCUGGCUCCUCUCCUUCAACCUUUGGCGGGGCGGCAGCGUCAUCAGCCUCUGGCUCCUCUCCUUCAAUCUUUGGUGCGGCUGCGUCCUCAGCUUCUGGUUCCUCACCAUCCAUCUUUGGAGCCACCGGUUCAUCUCAGUCCAUGUUCGGAUCAUCUACUACGUCAGCCAGUUCAACACUGUCUCUCUUCGCAUCGUCCUUGUCAGGCGCAGCAGCAGCUUCUUCACCAUCCCCAUUUGGAUUUUCCACCGUCACUUCCUCCUCCACAACAACCAAUCCCUCUCCCGCCUCGGCUUCUACCGGACUCUCUUUCUUGAAAAGCACAGGAAUCUCAACCACCACUGCUACCUCCGCUUCUGCUCCUUCACAAUCAUCAUCUUCCUCCUUCUCAUUUGCUACACCCGCAAGUUCAGGCUUUCAAUCUUCUACGGGGUUUAACCUUUCAACCGCAAGCUCAGCUCCUCCAUCCACCACAUCCCCAGCAUUGUUCUCUACUGCAACCACCACCACCACGUCCUUUUCGACUCCCGCUGCCAUUAGUGCACCAUCUUCCUCAGCUGCAGCUUCUACAACGACGUUCCCUUCUUUUGGUGUGGGCUCAUCUGCAGCCAACACUACUACGGCUACUUCCCCUGCUCCAGCAUUUGGUUUUACCAGCUCGAGUUCUGCUGCUGCUGCAACUACUACUUUUGCUGUACCCCAGGCAGCAUCAACUACUGCUACUACGACGCAGACAUCACUUGUUGUGGCUUCGACUAGUGGGACAAGCACAACAACUGUUGCAGCUCCACUGGCUGGUGCUCCCAAAUUGCCAUCUGAAAUAACUGGCAAAACUGUUGAGGAGAUUAUCAAGGAGUGGAAUACUGAGCUAGAAGAGCGUACAGGGAGAUUCCGGAAACAGGCAAAUGCAAUAGCUGAAUGGGAUAAGCGGAUCCUGCAGAACCGUGAUGUUCUAUUGAGGCUUGAGAUUGAAGUUGCAAAAGUGGUUGAAACACAGUCUAGUUUGGAAAGACAGCUGGAAUUAAUCGACACUCAUCAACAAGAGGUUGACAAAGCUUUGAAAAGCAUGGAGGAGGAGGCUGAGCGUAUAUAUAAUGACGAGCGCAAAUCGCUUCUUGACGACGAAGCAGCAUCAACAAGAGAUGCGAUGUAUGAACAGUCUGAGCUUGUGGAACGAGAACUGGAGCAUAUGACUGAACAAAUCAGAUCGAUAAUUCAAUCCGUAAAUGCAAACCAGGGUGGAGAACUAGAAGCAGUUGAUGGGAUGAAUCCAUUGGAUGUAGUAGUGAGGAUCUUGAACAAUCAACUCAGUUCCUUGAUGUGGAUUGAUGAGAAAGCAGAGGAGUUCUCAUCUCGGAUUCAAAAGAUCGCAUCUCAGGGCUCUGGUGGAGACCGUGAACUGAUGAUGGCUCCAAAGCACUGGAUGUCUUGAUACAAAAUUUCCAUGAAAAUGUCUUUUUUUUUUGUAGCAGAGAUGUCUGAUCCGAUCCGAUCCUCACUACUACACCAACCUUGAAGAUUGUUUACCUUUUGUAUCAUUUGGAAUUUGGAUAUUGAUAGGGUCAUGUUUGAAACUCUUUUAUCUUUCAUGGUUUGUUGUUGUUAUCAGCUUUUUCAUGAACAUUGAAUUUGAACC